UUUCUUUUAUAACCUAAAAAGUACAAUAACAAAAAUAUAAAAAUAAUAAUAACAUUAAAAAGAAUCUUAUGUUAUGUAAAACUGAUCUGUGAUCUAUAAUAAAUAUGUUUACUGUUACAAAUUUAUGUAAAAAUAUCUCUUUUAGUAGGUAUGUGGUCGUACAAGCUAGACUAAAAUCUAAAACACAUUGGGCCAAGUUGAAAAAGAAAACCAGUUCAAAAUAUAAGGCAAUGAAUCACUUCGACGAUUUCUAUGGUUCUGUUUUCGGCGAUAAAUGGGAGCCAAUGAAAGAGGCUCUUCUCCGGCGCAAUAAAUAUGUAGCUGUGGUUAACAACUACGGUGAAGCGGAAGAGACUGUUGAAUCUCUUACAAAUAGAGGUGCACAUUGUCUCAACAAACUAACAGUGAUACAACAAGAGUUUUACAAUCAGUAUCCAACUAAACAAACAGAUGCAAGUACACAACAAAGUAAUAGAAAUAAUAAAUUGCAUGAAUUUACAACAAAACUACAAACUGAGGAAAUAUCAAAUCUCUAUGACCAAAGAGAAGCACCAGAUAGAUUAGACUUACCUGAUGUCUCUUUGAAUUAUUCAAGUGAAGAAAAGCCAACUCAGUUGGUCGAUAAAAAAUUCAAUAAUAACAGAACAAAAGAUCAAUCAAAACAAAGUUCAGAUAUUGAUCAGUCUCGCAUCAUAGACCCUUCCAUGGGGCUAUCAUCAGAGGCUCUGUACCAGUACAUACCAGCCACAAAAUUGAAAGGAAUGGAUGAUUGGAUACCAGAGUCAUUGCAUUACUCCUUCUAUUCUAAAAGUACUGAUUUUCCAUUAGUCAUAGAGCCAGAAACAGAAUUCAAAUUCCCCGAACAUUUGAAAGUGUAUACUUAUGAAAUGGGCAGUGAAUGGAAUAUGUUCCCAGAGCCCAAGAGAUGUACAACAGGGGUGUACAACUAUUAUCCAAUGGACUGCGGGAGCGUGCUGUCUGUGCUAGCAAUGUGCCUGGCGCCUGGUGACCGACUCCUGGAUAUGUGCUCAGCGCCUGGUGGAAAAGCCCUGGUGGCAUUACAGACCCUAUUGCCUGAUAUUGUUGUCUGCAAUGAUUUAUCAAUAUCCAGAACUAACAGACAACACAGAAUAUUCCGCGACUACUUGUGCGACUUCAAUACCAACAACAGAUGGCGUGAGCGCGUCAUGUUCACCAAUGUUGACGGCAGGCUUUUCACCGACGACCAGGGAUACGACAAGGUUUUAGUUGAUGUUCCUUGCACCACAGAUAGACACUCCGUUAUAGAAGAUGAGAACAAUAUAUUUAGACCAGAUAGAAUCAAAGAGCGGUUAAGAUUACCUGAACUACAAGCGCAACUCCUGACGAAUGCUUUGAGACUGGUGAGAGUGGGCGGCGCGGUAGUAUACUCCACCUGUUCCUUAAGUCCCAUCCAGAAUGAUGGGGUGGUUCAUAUGGCCCUAAAGGCUGCCUUCCAAGAUCACUCCAUAGUGGCUGUUGUUAAGGAUCUGACCGCGUCAUUCAGUGGUUUGAGCAGUACAUUGCAGCUGGGUGCAGGUGACAUCGCCCCACAGUACGGUCAACUGGUGGUACCGACUGUCGAUGCCAACUUUGGUCCCUCGUACAUUGCAAGACUCGUUAGGGUCAAAUAAAUGGUAAUGCAAUGUACUUUUAUAAAAGGUGUAUUUUAAUUCUAUAGGUAUCUGUGUACA